ACUGAAGGUUUUUUCCUCCUCACACCUGAGCAGAGGUGGUAGAGCAGCGCACACAGAAACACCGACAUGAGGAGCUACAGGUUGCUUUUGUCUUUAAGUCUGCUGGGUUUGCUGCUGUGGGCCUCCUGCGUCCAGGCUGAUGAGUUUGAGGACAGCACGGACAAACACACGGAGACACCGGAGGACGUGUUGCAGGAGACAACAGAAGGCGAGACGGAUGAAACCAAAGAGGAGCCAAAGAAGGAAAAAACAACAGACAUAGAGGAAGAGAACGAUGUCAUGGUUCUCCACAUCAACAACUUCGACCGAGCUCUGAGCGAGAACAAAUAUCUCCUGGUUGAAUUCUAUGCUCCUUGGUGUGGCCACUGCCAGAAACUGGAGCCCGUUUACGCCGAGGCUGCUGAGAAGCUGAAGAAAGACGAGCAGGCGAUGCGUUUGGCCAAAGUGGACGCCUCAGAGGAGAAGGAGCUCUCUGAAGAGUUUGAAGUUUCCAGCUUUCCUACUCUGAAGCUGUUCAUCGAUGGAGACCGCGAGAAACCCGUUGACUUCACAGGUAAGAGAUCAGCAGAUGGAAUAAUCCAGUGGCUGAAGCGUCGCAGUGGUCCGGGAGCUGCACAUCUGGACUCUGUAGCCUCUGCAGAGCAGUUCAUCAGUGCCCAUAACAUCUCAGUCAUUGGGUUUUUUGACAGUUUGGAAAGUGAGGAAGCCAAGCUGCUGAAGGAAGUUGCUUUUGAUUUGACUGACAUGGAGUUUGCAAUGACAGCAGCUCCUGAAGUUUUCCAGAAGUACGAGGUGAAGAGCAGCUCAGUGGUGCUCUUUAAGAAGUUUGAUGACGGUAGAGCGGACUUUGUGUGGUCAGAAGAAAAGAAGCUUGAUCAACACAACCUGACUGCCUUCAUCAAGGAGAACAGCCUGGAGCUGGUCAUCUCGUUCAGCCAGGAGACAGCGGACAAAAUCUUUACUUCUCGGAUCCUCCUGCACAGCCUGCUGUUCAUCAACUCCACGGUGAACAGUCACAUUGACCUGGUGGAAAGUUUCAGGACUGUGGCCAAAGAGUUCAAAGGAAAGAUGCUGUUCAUCACGAUUGAUGUGACAGCAGAAUUGUCUCAUGUCCUGAAAUAUUUUGGUGUGUCAGAAAGUGACGCGCCCACCGUACGUGUUAUCAGUAUGGAAACGCAGAAGAAGUUCGACAUUCCCUCUGGGGAUCUGACUGAAAAUUCACUCCGGCAGCUGUGUCAAGAAAUUUUAGAUAACACUGCCAAGCCUUACUAUCGCUCUGAAGAGAUCCCAAAGGACUGGGACAAAGGACCAGUAAAGGUUUUGGUGGGCAAGAAUUUUGAAGCUGUUGCUCUGGACCCGACCAAAAACGUCUUUGUUGAGUUUUAUGCGCCGUGGUGUGGACACUGCAAGGAGCUGGCCCCCAUCUGGGAUCAGCUUGGGGAGAAAUACGUAGAGCACGAAGACAUCAUCAUAGCCAAGAUGGAUGCCACAGCCAAUGAAGUGGAGUCUGUUGUAAUUAAUGGAUUUCCAACAAUUCAAUACUUCCAAGCUGGUGACAAAGUGGUGAUCAGUUACACAGGAAAAAGAGAUCUGGAGACGUUUUCUAAGUUCCUGGAUAACGGAGGAGUUCUGCCAAAGGAGGAAAGUGAUGAGGUUGAAGAUGAAGAUGAUGAUGAGGAAGAUCCUGAUGCUGAAGAUACAGAUAAAACCGACGAUCAGCGCAAGGAGGAGGAGGAGUCGUCAGAAGUAUCGUUUAACAAGACGUCUAAAGAUGAGCUGUAACAACACUCAGCCAGUUUGGAUCAACCUACCAUCUUCCAGUUUUCUUAAUAAAAGCGC